AUGUACGCCACCGCGAGCGCCAACUCGGACGUCGUGCGGAACAGAUCGUUCGCGUCGCACUCGCGCUCGCACAGCGCGGAGCCGCUGGACGUCGAGGGCGGACGCGGCGCGCGCGAAAAGACGCAACGAAAUGAAUUCAGCGCGCAUCCGAACGGCAUUCAUAAUCGCGUGCAGCGCGCGAUCCAGCGCGACGCGAAGGCGCUGACGAACGCGGCGAUCGUCGCGGCGGUCGUGUGCUUCUUGCUGGCGUGGCGCGCGUCGUGGACGGCGGCGAGCGUGUUCGUCGCGUGCGCGGGGUCGUUGGCGUUCGCGGGACACCUGGCGCGGUGGACGCUGGCGGUGGACGAGGGAAGCGAGGACAUGCGCGCGGUGAGCGAUGCGAUUCGAGACGGUGCGGAUGGAUUCUUCGCGACGCAAUACGGAUUGAUCAGUCGAUUGGCGGGCGUGGUGGCGGGGUCGAUCUUUUUCGUGUACUUGUUCCGAGCGACGACGCCCGAACAGCAAGAGGCGGGCGUCGGCGCGUUUACGAUGGCGACGCUCACGACUGUGAGUUUUGUGAGCGGUGCGGUGUGUAGUGGAGUGAGUGGAUACGUUGGAAUGUGGGUGAGCGUGCGGGCGAACGUGCGCGUCGCGAGCAGCGCGAGACACGGGGCGCGAGAGGCGCUCACGGUGGCGCUGCGCGCGGGCGGAUUCGCGGCGUUGAUCGUCGUCGGCAUGACGGUGCUGGGGGUGACGAUCUUGUUUUCGGUAUUUUCGUUCAUCUUCAGCGUCGGUCGCGACGGUGGCAUGGAUGUGCAUGAAAUUCCUCUCAUGCUCGUCGGAUACGGCUUCGGCGCGUCCUUCGUCGCGCUCUUCGCGCAGUUGGGCGGCGGUAUCUACACCAAAGCCGCCGACGUCGGCGCCGAUUUGGUCGGCAAAGUUGAGCAGGGCAUUCCCGAAGACGACCCAAGAAAUCCUGCGGUGAUCGCGGAUUUGGUCGGCGAUAACGUCGGCGACUGUUCAGCGCGCGGGGCGGACCUGUUCGAGUCCAUCGCCGCCGAAGUCAUCUCGGCGAUGAUUUUGGGCGCCACCAUGGCCAAGAGCGCGGGCAUCGAAGACUCCACCGGUUUCAUCAUGUUUCCACUCGUCAUUCACGCGAUGGACUGCAUCGUGAGCGCGUGCGGUAUCAUGUCGAUAAGCGAAACGUCUACUCGUCGUGAGGAUCCUUACAAAGUUCUCAAGGGUGGGUACAACGUCGCCAUUUCGCUCGCCGUCGUCGGAUUUGGCGUGGCGUGUCGCGUCAUGCUCGUCUCGGACAAACAUCCAGGAGCGUGGUUUUCCUUUUACAUGUGUGGGCUGAUCGGUAUCGCGUGCGCGUAUGCUUUCGUGUUCAUCGCGCAGUACUACACCGAUUACAAGUUCCCGCCCGUACGUCACAUCGCCGAAGCGUCGACAACCGGUCACGGCACGAACAUCAUCGCCGGCAUUGGCGUCGGCAUGGAAUCCACGGCGGUGCCCGUAAUCGUGAUCUCGAUCGCCAUCAUCUCCGCGUACUGGUGCGGCAACGCGAGUGGUAUCACGGACGCUAAUGGUAAAGCGAUCGGUGGGCUGUUUGGCACCGCUGUGGCGACCAUGGGUAUGUUAUCGACGGCGGCGUACGUGCUCACUAUGGACGUCUUCGGGCCGAUUGCCGACAACGCCGGUGGCAUCGUCGAAAUGUCGGAUCAACCCGAAAGCGUUCGCGAUAUUUGCGACGAACUUGAUGCCGUCGGAAAUACGACUAAGGCUACGACGAAAGGUUACGCCAUCGGUUCCGCUGCCCUGGCGUCCUUCUUGUUAUUUUCGGCCUUUAUGGAUGAAGUCACCGCGUUCACGGGGAAGCCUUUCAAUCAAGUUGACAUUGCGAUUCCAGAAGUCUUCGUCGCCGGCCUGCUCGGUGCCGCACUCGUCUAUCUAUUCUCCGCGUGGUCCAUCACCGCAGUUGGACGAUCUGCGCAAGAAGUCGUGCGAGAAGUGAGACGGCAGUUUGCCGAACGUCCGGGUAUCAUGACGGGCGAAGAGAAGCCAGAUUACGCUCGAUGCGUCGCCAUAGUCGCCCAGAGCGCGUUGCGCGAGAUGGUUCGACCUGGCGCGCUCGCAGUUUUGAGCCCAGUUGUGGUUGGCAUCGUAUUCAAAAACCUUGGCGCGGCGACAGCGCAAGAGCUGCUCGGCGUCAAAGCGGUCGCCGCGUUCUUGAUGUUCGCCACCGUCGCCGGUAUUUUGAUGGCGCUCUUCUUGAACACAGCGGGAGGGGCUUGGGAUAACGCCAAAAAAUACAUCGAGACCGGGGCGCACGGUGGCAAAGGAAGCGAAGCACACAAAGCGGCGGUCUCAGGAGAUACGGUUGGCGAUCCGUUCAAAGACACCGCCGGACCAAGCAUACACGUGUUGAUAAAGAUGCUCGCGACGAUUACUCUAGUCAUGGCUCCGAUGUUCCUCGACGCCGUUUAAAAGUGUAAU